AUGCCAGUCUCUUUCCAAUCUGACGCUUCCCGUAGAGUUCAUUUUGACACCAAUGUCGCCGAAUCUCCCUACAAUGGACCAACAGUUACCCGCAAGCCUGUAAACGACGAGUAUUACCUUCACAUGAUGUUUACCGAGAAGAAGAUGUGGAUCAAAUCGGCUCUGAUGUCACAGGAUGAGUCCGAGAUGUCAGAUCAAGAGCGUGGUGAAGCACAGCGCCGUUUUCAGUUCAAACCCGAGACGAAGGCUGUUCGUCAAAAUCAUAUUAGAUUUUUCGACGCUCCCAAAACCUCUCCUUGUAAGGGCGUCGAGGUUACUCAAAAAUCUAAUGUAGAAGACUACUAUAGCCGCAUGGUCGCAAUUGAAUCGAGAUUGUGGCAAGAGGCAAACUCCAAAGAACAAGCCGAAGCAGAAAGCUUAGAAGAAGCCUCUCAUGGUGUCCUACGCCAGGUUAGAUUCCAAGACACUAUCUCGAAACCAUCAAUUAACAGCAACAAACCUCACAAGAAUAACACUAAGAAUCGACUCUAUAAUCGAAUGGUGAAGUUGGAAACCAAAAUCUGGAUUGAGGGCGGUGAUAAUACGCAGAGCAAUGCAGAUAAUAAGAUUGAAGACGAAAUGUCUCCCAUUGAAGCCAACCAUUUUCAAUCUCGAAAUGGAAAAACCGAAAUUUAG